AUGAAGACCAGACUAAGUGAAGACGGCACCAAACUUGUGGCAACCUACGAGCUGCAUCCUUUUGACUUCGAUCGAUCAGGUAGGGUGCAGGUGUGGACUUACCUGAGAAUGCUGGAGUUCGCCAGAAUCGCCGCAAUCCAGCCUCUGAUCAAGGAACACACCGGGACUCAGAACGACGGGUCAACAGCUUUCGUGCGCUACCAAGAAGUGGAAUUUUCCCCACGAUUCUAUACCAUUGUAAAACCCAACACUUCCUUGGUUAUGGCUGUUGGGAUCAGCUAUGUCGGACGUUCUUCGCUAAUCUACGAUUAUGGUAUCCGUAGCAAUGCAAGCGAUGACAUCAUCGGUCGCAGCUUCACUCAGAUGGUCCGAGUGAACCGAAAAACGCGUCGACCAAUCGCGUGGCCCGACGCAUUGAUCGACAGGUUUAGUAACGAAGGCCAGGAUAGGCCAGUUGUUCCUGGACCAUUUGAACAAAUCCCCGAGCCAGCAUUUGUGUGUAAAGUAAGAGUGAGUAACAGUGAUAUAGAUGUGAGGAAACACACCAACCAGUCUGUGUAUCUGAGGUACUGUUUGGAUGCAGCCGCUAUUGCUGCUCGUAGGAACAGUUUUUCUGUCAUCAAAGACAUAGCUCUCUGUCCAAUCAGAAAAGUUGGUAUUUUGUACCAGAGAGAGGCUCUGUUAGGGGAUGAGCUGACACUGGAAAUGUGGGAGGAUCAGGGUUGUCACCUGACACCCUGGGUGCUCGCUCUCCUGAUUGGCUACGCCCGUCUGGCCACCCUCACGGAAAAAUCCGUCUUCCUCCUUCCGGGCUACUUAAAGACGAUCACCAGUUUCUUGCGUUACCAAGAGUUUCACAUCCAACCCGGAUUCUACACUGACGUGAGGCAAGACUCGACUGUGGUGGUGACUGUUGGGGUCGGCUAUGUCGGCAAGACGUCGUACGAGUUAAAGGGAGAUGUCAGACUUGCAGGUUCAGCGGUGUUGCUGUGCCGGUUCUCAGUCACCAGUGUUGUAGUCGACAUCACAACUCGGCGGCCGGUCGCCCUCCCCGAAUCCUUACGACAGAAAGCGACAAGUCCCCGGCCAAACCCCAGCCUACCCUUUCCAUCCACAUUACCUUCUGUGCAUUCGCAACAGUUCGAAGUGCGGGAGAGCCACUUGGACUUUAACGGUCACACCAACCAGUCCAACUACAUCAUGUUUUGCUACAAUGCGGCCGCAUUCGCUACAAAGGCCGGGAGAUACCAUUCGCUUAAGGGGGACCUGUUUUCCGACUAUCGGGUGAAGAAAAUCGCCAUGUUGUACCAGAAUGAGGCUCUCUUGGGGGAUUUGUUGAACGUGGAAUCGUGGGAAAUACCAAAGUUGGUGACCUUGGGUUUCAAGGUCAAACGUGGGGAGGAUGAGGUAGUCCAGGGUUUGUUUGAGUUGUAUGGAGAGCAGAGGGCAAAACUGUGAAUGGGAUAGGGAACAGAACUAUCGCAGAGUGGAACUCGCUGUCACCAAGUACAGUAAGGGCAUUGUCAUGAGAUAGCUUUAAACAGUGUCUAGAGUUAGA